AUGGCGUCACCAUUCCACAACAGUCACAACACCAACGGCAACACCACCGCCACCAAGAAACUUGUGGUAGUGGUGGGGGCGACGGGAAACCAGGGCGGCUCUGUAGCUCGGCGUUUUCUCCAAGACUCUCGGUUUGCAGUCCGCGGUUUGACGCGCGACCCGUCCUCGGCGGCAGCCAAAGAAUUGGCGGCACUCGGUGUCGAGGUGGUGCGCGCCGACCUCGACGAUGUUGACUCUCUCAAGACGGCCUUCGCAGGCGCCAACAUAAUCUUCAGCGUCACCAACUACUGGGAGCCCUUCUUCCGACCCGACGGCCGGGCCAAGGCACAGGAACUCGGCAUCACCUGUAGACGGUAUGCCUAUGAUGUGGAGUAUCAGCAGGGGAAGAACAUUGCCGACGCCGCGGCGACGGUGGUGGAUUCGCUGGAAGAGAACGGCCUCCUGGCGUCGACGCUGAGCCAUGCCGCCAAAUGCAGCAACGGCAAAUUCAAGGACUUGUACCACUACGACGCAAAGGCCGAUAUCUUCCCGGACUAUGUUGCGGCGACGCAUCCCCAACUGGCGGCCAAGCUGUCCUGCAUCCAGACGGGCUUCUUCACGACGAGCCACCGCAUCUUGCCGGGCGCGUAUUUCAAAAAGCUCGACGACGGCACCUUUGAGAUGUGCUUCCCUUGCAACGCAGACAAGCCCAUCCCGCACCUGGACGUCAACGCCGACACGGGCAACUUUGUCUACGCCGUGCACCAGAUGCCCCCGGGCAAGCACUACAUGGCCGGCGAGUACCUCAGCUGGUCCGAGUUUGCACAGGUCUGGGCCAAGGUCACGGGUGCCACCAUCCGCUACCGGGAGAUCAGCUUCGACGAGAUGGUGAAACAGGUGCCGGACCGUGAUCUCGGCAUUGAGGUGGGCUUGAUGUUUGAGUACAGUUCGGAGCCGGGCUACGACGGCGGGAUGGACGUGCUGAAGGCCGAAGAUCUGCGCAAGGCCGGGAUCGACUGCCCCAUGCUGACUGUGGAGGAGUCGCUGGCGCGGCAAGAGUGGGCGGCGGUGUUGAACGGGUGA